AUGGGUAACUUAAUGAUAUUCUUCCGGAAGAAGAUGACAAAGAGCAUCACGCUGGAGGACCUGGUUUCCAUGAUAAAGGAAUGCACUUAUGUAGUAGCCCUAACAGGUUCAGGCACCUCCGCCGAAAGUAACGUCCCCAGUUUCCGUGGCGCCAACAGUUCCAUAUGGACUAAAUAUGACCCAAAAAUAUAUGGUACCAUUUGGGGGUUCUGGAAAUCACCAGAAAAAAUUUGGGAAGUCAUUAGAGAUAUCUCAUCAGAUUAUGAAGUCGAAUUGAAUCCAGGACAUACGGCUUUGUCCACAUUAGAAAAUCUAGGAUACUUAAAAACAGUGAUUACACAAAACAUUGAUGGGCUCCAUGAGGAGAGUGGAAAUUCGCGAGUUAUUCCUUUGCAUGGAAGUGUUUUUGAAGCUCGCUGCUGUACAUGCAGGGAGACAAUUCAAUUGAAUAAAAUUAUGCUACAAAAAACUUCUCACUUUAUGCACCAGCUACCUCCAGAGUGUCCUUGUGGAGGAAUAUUUAAACCUAACGUCGUUCUUUUUGGCGAAGUCAUUCCCAAGGCCCUUUUGAAACAAGCCCACAAGGAGAUAAAGCAAUGUGACCUUCUUUUGGUUAUCGGCACUUCAUCCUCCGUGUCCACCGCCACCAACUUGUGUUACUAUGCUCAUAAGAAGAAGAAAAAAAUUGUAGAGGUUAAUAUAGCCGAUACGUACAUCACGAACCGCUUGUCCGACUACCACGUGCGCGCCAAGUUCAGCGAGUUGCUGGCUGUCUCCGACCUCCUCAAGGGGCAGCAGGCCGCGCAGGGGGGUGGAUCGCCUGAUCGGGAAGCGGAUAAUGGGGAAAGCGACUGA